AUGGAAGAUAGUGUCUAUAGAAGCAGCACACCACAGACUGAUCAAGGAUUCUUCUGUGGUUUUUGCUUAUCAUUGCAAAUUGUGAAAAAAAUUGCAUCUUUAAUUGUUAUUUUCAGUUUUACAGAAUUUUUGGAUCCAUUCCAGAGGGUUAUCCAGCCAGAAGAGAUCUGGCUGUAUAAAAAUCCUUUGGUGCAAUCAGACAACAUACCUACGCGUCUUAUGUUUGCAAUUUCAUUCCUUACACCACUAGCAGUCAUUUUUGUGGUCAAAAUAAUCCGGCGAACAGACAGGACUGAAAUCAAAGAGGCUUUCUUAGCUGUUUCCUUGGCUCUAGCUCUGAAUGGCGUCUGCACAAAUACUAUUAAAUUAAUAGUGGGAAGACCGCGUCCCGAUUUCUUUUACCGCUGCUUUCCAGAUGGAGUAAUGAACUCUGAAAUGCACUGCACAGGUGAUCCAGAUCUGGUGUCUGAAGGCAGAAAAAGCUUUCCGAGUAUCCACUCUUCCUUUGCAUUUUCAGGCCUUGGCUUUACCACCUUCUACUUAGCUGGAAAGUUACACUGCUUCACGGAAACUGGGCGGGGGAAGAGCUGGCGGCUUUGUGCAGCGAUUCUCCCACUCUACUGUGCCAUGAUGAUUGCGCUGUCACGUAUGUGCGAUUACAAACAUCACUGGCAAGAUGCUUUCGUUGGAGGGAUCAUUGGCCUCAUUUUUGCUUAUAUUUGCUACAGACAACACUACCCUCCUUUGGGUAAUACAGCGUGUCAUAAAUCUUACGUCAGCCUACUAGAUCAGAACUCUGUGAAGAAAGAAGAGAGACCUACAGCAGAUAAUGCUACUGGGCUGCCUCUAGAGGGAAUAACUGAAGGUCCUGUAUGA